GAUUUGCGUCAGAGCUGAAGUUCAUCCGCGAUGCCGAGUUACAAGCGCCUGGAAGUGCACACCAAGUCGACGGAUUUCCGAGCGGCCACGCGUAUCGUCGAGGAAGCAGAGCUACCCAAAGCUGGUGCUAAUUCGGUGGUAGUCAAGAACUACUACGUGGGUAUCAAUGCCACCGACGUGAACGUCACCAACGGAGCCUACACAGGUCCACUUCCUCCCCCAUUCGGCUGUGGACUGGACGCUGUGGGUGUCGUAUUGGACGUGGGUGAAGGAGUUUCCGACGUCAAAGUUGGGGACGCUAUCGCCUACAGAAAGUUGGGGGCUUUUGCUGAGUACAACGAGGUGGACAUGGCGAUGGUAGUGAAGGUGCCAGCCCCGACCUCUGACGCACUGCCACUGAUCGUCUGUGGGAGCUCUGCGUCGAUUGCGUUGAAGCAGGUGGGUGAGAUGAAGUCGAACGAGACGGUACUCGUCACUGCUGCGGCUGGCGGCACUGGGCAGUUCGUGGUGCAACUUGCUAAACUGGCUGGAAACCACGUGAUUGGAACGACCAGUUCGGAUGCUAAAGCAGCUCACCUCACGUCAAUUGGAUGUGAUCGCGUGAUUAAUUACAACACGGAGAAUGUGGACGAAGUUUUGAAAAAAGAGUAUCCGAAUGGAGUGAACCUCGUGUUCGAGUCGGUGGGCGGUGAAUUGCUACGCUCAGUUGCCGACAAUAUCGCCGUAAAGGGCCGUAUUAUCGCCUUUGGACACAUCUCCGGCUACCACGGGGGUAAGGAUGAAUUUACAGCCAGUGAGCUGGUACCCAAGCUGAUUUUUAAGUCGGCGUCGCUGCGUGGAUUCAUCUCGGGGCACUACCGCGACCAGUUCCACCCGCACAUGCAGCGUCUGCUCAAGCUGAUUGAUGAAAAGAAACUCGUGCCUGGAAUUGAUCCCGUUAAGUUUGAAGGUUUGGAGAGCAUUCCGGACGCGAUCGAUUACAUGUAUGCGCGCAAGAACAUUGGCAAAGUCGUGGUCAAGGUUGCCUAAGGGGAGGGUGGAUGUUGAAUCGAUCCCUUAUGAAUACAUGCACCACGAUCGUGGUUUCUGGAAGGAUGAAUUUAUUCGCCCGAUGCAGAUCAUUGCCAUGUUAUCUAGUAGCUACGGAUAGAUAAAAUCCUACCAUUUAAGCAUUAGUACUACCGAUGCUUCAGGGACUUUCCUCCCGUAGUUUCAUUACUUUGCCGUGCUAGCUCCAACGGGGUUUAACACGAUUUAAAAAUCGUGUAAAUGGAACGAAAAGUUAAAGUUAA